AUGGGUCGCCAUUCGUGUUGCUUAAAGCAAAAAUUAAGAAAAGGUUUAUGGUCUCCCGAAGAAGAUGAGAAACUUUUCAAUCACAUAACUCGAUUCGGUGUUGGUUGCUGGAGUUCUGUUCCUAAACAAGCAGGGCUUCAAAGAUGUGGAAAAAGUUGUAGGUUGAGAUGGAUAAACUAUUUGAGGCCGGAUUUAAAGAGAGGAAUGUUCUCGCAACAAGAAGAGGAUGUUAUAAUUAGUCUUCAUGAGCUUCUCGGAAAUAGGUGGGCUCAAAUUGCAGCACAAUUACCGGGGAGAACAGAUAAUGAAAUUAAAAAUUUCUGGAAUUCGUGUUUAAAGAAGAAGCUUCUAAAGCAAGGGAUUGAUCCAACAACACAUAAGCCUCUAACAGAACCAUAUAUUAAGGAAGAGAACAAAACAACAGAAACACCAGAAACAACAACAACGCCGAUGCAAAUUCCAUCGGUUACAUCUCAAGGUUCAUCGUUUCUAUUAAGUGAUUCAAGUUACUAUGAUAACAAUGGCUUAACAGAAGCUUCUAGAGAUAUUUUCAGUAGUAAAUCAGCAUUGGAUUCUUUGUUCUGUUAUGAUUUCCAAUCUGGUUAUACCUUACCCAUGAAUAAUUACCAGAGUCAAAGCCAAUUUGGUAUUACUUCAAGCUAUGGAUUUUCUUCAAUGCCGAGUCUAACGAACUCGGAUCACGCGGUUGUGUCGGUGACGGAGUUUUCAGACAACAACUCACCUUCGAAAAUCAGUUCAUUGUUCAUGAAUGAUCAAGUGAAAGAAAGUAAUUCAAGCAAUAGCUCCAACAUGAGCACUAUUUAUCCUUCUCAGAUGAGAAACACUAUGAUUGAAAAUAAUAAUAAUAAUGCAGGAUUUUCUUGGGAUGGAGAUAACAAAAUAGACCCUUUGUUUCAUUUUCAAGUGAAUGCUAUAAAAUCUGAAGAUUUUGGAACUAGUUCAUGGGAAGAAGGACAAAUCCAAACUCACAAUUCAAUAGAUUUCAAUAGCUAUCCUUUAACAUCGCUUUCAGAAGAUUUAUCAGAAGCAAAUUUUGAUGUAUUCCAUCAUAUAUGA